AUGCCAUCCCUUCCGACUCGCAUCGCUUCCCUGGCCAGAUCAGCGUCGACGAGAAGUGUCUCGUCCACCGCAUCCGACACAGACCAGAUGCCGCCUCCUCCCGUGCCUUCCCACUCCAAUCCGCCCGACACCCAACUCGCCGACAAUCAGAAAGGUGGGCACUCGUCGCACUCGCCUCAGAAGGGAUUGCUGACUACGCAUGGAUCAGCAGUUAGCCCAGAAGAGUCGCUCAAGGCGUACCAGCUGCUCGAAGCGCUGCGCAAGGGAGAUGCCUCGCAGAUUACGCCGCUGCUCGACGAGGUCUCGGCGGCUGCGAAGCAUCCACAUGUGAACGAAUUCGGCGAGCAGGCGCGAACGAGCACGCCGCUUCACCUCGCUGUGCGAUGCGCCAAGUACCCGACCGUCGAGCUCGUCUUCCGUCACCAACCCUCGGCAGUGAACUCGCAAGAUUCGCGCGGACAAACCCCUUUGCAUCUCGCCGCCUCGCUCGACCGCCGAGACGUCUUGUCUUUUUUCCUCGCGCAGGAGGACACGAACGAUAUGGUGCGGGAUCAGAGCGGCAAGACGGGUUUGGAGGUCGCAGCGAGUCCGGAGGCUGCGACGCAGAUCUCGGUCUCGCGAAGCAAGUGGAACGAGAUGUACCUCGCCCACCUCGCCGCCUACAUCGCCUCUCCCGCCUCCGACUCGGCAUCCUCGUCGAAGCGAACGUCUUUGACGAUGGAUUCGCCUCGCAUGUCGACUUCUUCCCUCGCUCCUCCUCCCUCCUCCGCCUCCGCCUCGCCCGUCUCCGCCGCCUCAGGCCACGUCUCGAACGCAGCAGCCGAGAAGCUCUACCACUUCAUCGCCAAGCCACGUUCUCGAUGCUGCGAUUUCUGCAUUCGUGACUCGGCGAGCGGGACGACCAUCCUCCACGAAGCAGCGCGCCGCAAAGACCUGGGCUUGAUCAAGCUCGUCUUGUCGAAAGGCGGCGACGUCCUCGCGCGCGACAAGCGCGGGAAACUCGCGAUUGAUUUGGCGAAGGAUCAGCGAAUCAAGGAUGUGUUGCGGCAGGCGGCCAACUCGGAGGGAAGGGCGUUGCAGGCUGCGUCAUCGCCUGGCGUUGCUGCUCCCGGUUCGAACGCUGGAGGGGUGCCAACGCUCGGUCAGGCGCCGGUCAUGAAGGGGUACUUGCAGAAGUGGACGAAUGUCGCCAAGGGCUACAAGCCGAGGUGGUUCGUGCUGGACAACGGCAACCUUUCGUACUACCGCAGCCAGGAAGACGAGGGCAAGGCUUCUCGCGGCUCCAUCAGCAUGUCCAUUGCCAAGAUCGACCCGCCCGGAACCGACAAGCUCAAGUUCACGGUGGGAAGCCGGCUCGGCAAGACUUCACCCGCGCUGUACCUUAAGGGCAACCAUCCCGUCGAGGUGAUGCGGUGGGUCGACGCGCUGCGACAGAAUGUGGAGCUUGCGCGCGGCGACAACGGUCUGCAACGCACGCCUACCUCCGCGUCUACCGCACCUUCGCUUGCCCCUUCCUACACGACAGAGACUCGACGACCUUCGACAACCGCGCUUGUCGGCUCGUCCCCUGCGCAGUCCUUCGGCGCUGCUUCGAUCGAGGAGGACAACGAGACUGUGAACGACGAAGACGCGCCACCCCACGCCGAGGACUUCCACUUGAUGGCACAGGGCGCCAAGACGCAGCUCGAGACAACACAGCGAUUGCUCGCCUCGCUCGUCGCCGGCGGUGACGCCUCCUCGCAGGAGGACAUCAAGGACGCGCUCCAGCGGUCGCUCAAGACGCUCGACCAGCUUCUCGACGACUACGUCGAUACUGUCGGGCAGCGCGAGCGCUUUUUCGCUCGGCGAUACGAGAAGGAGCUGGAUGCGAAGCGGAUGUGGGAGGAGAGUCUGCGCGAAGUGGCGACGCAGCAUGCGGCGAUCGAGGUCGAGCUGCAGAAGACGGCGAAGCAGAACACGGCGCGCAAGCGUGCUUUGCAGGAGGUUCGCGCCAAUCUUGGCGCCAUUACGCCUGCCAUGAGUCCGCGCAACUCGGUAUCGGUGCAGGACGGAGAGCGGCCGGUCAUCAACGCCCUUCCCGAAGACGGUACACCUGCGCUUCCGUCGCCACUUCGCAGCCCGACUCUUACGGUCGACACCAAGUCGCGCAACCGCGGCACGACCAUCACCUCACUCUCGCCGUCUCGCGCCCGGACUCGAGCCGGUACCGCCGUCCAGCCUCUCGCGCCCGCCGAACUCGAGCAAAUCGUCCACAACGCUCUGCACAACGAGGAAGGCGGCGAGACGUCCGAGGAUGAGGACGAAGACGAGUUCUUCGAGGCUGUCGAGACGGGCGCUAUUCCCGUCGAGGACGAGAUCAACGUCGAGUCUGGCGCGGACCGGCAGAGCAAGAUGUCGGCGCCGGCGCAGGAGCUCAUCUCAAACACCGACUUGACGCCGUACAAGGGCUACGAGCACCGCCGAACGAGCUUGCCGAUCAAGAACGACAACCGACCGAGCGUCUCGCUCUGGGCCAUUCUCAAGGGCAGCAUCGGCAAGGAUUUGACCAAGAUCUCGUUCCCCGUUUACUUCAACGAGCCGACUUCGAUGCUCCAGCGCAUGGCGGAGGACAUGGAAUUCUCCGAGUGCCUCGACGCUGCGGCGGCCGAGCUCGACUCGACGAAGCGCAUCGCCUACGUUGCCGCCUUCGCCAUGUCGAACUACAGCUCGACCUCGGGCCGCAUCGCCAAGCCCUUCAACCCUCUGCUGGCCGAGACGUUCGAGUACGUCGAGCUCGACAAGAAGUAUCGCUACGUCAGUGAACAGGUCUCGCAUCACCCGCCAAUCUCCGCCUGCAUCGGUCAGUCGCCGAGCUGGGAAUACUACGGCAUGGUCAACGCGCAGUCCAAGUUCCUCGGCAGGAGCUUCGAAAUCCGGCCGACGGGAACGGCGCAUGUCACUCUUCGCCUUCCGGCAGACCGCGCGCCGCCAGGCUGCCCGCCGUGUAAGACGAUGCCGAACAUGGUCGAGGAGCACUACUCCUGGCUUAAGGUCACGACCGAGAUCUCGGGCUUCUUGACCGGCAGCAUCAACAUUGCGCACUACGGCGAUAUGGUCGUCACGAACCACCGCACCGGCGAGACCUGCACUUUGACCUUCAAGCCGCGCGGCUGGCGAAACAGCAAUGCCCGCGAAAUCAAGGGCGAGGUCGUCGACGCGCAGGGGAACCGCAAGUGGGAGAUCGCUGGCAAGUGGGACUCGCAGCUUGUCGCACGACGAGCAGGCGUCGGCAGCGGCGAGCUCGCGCCGGACGCUUCGCUGCCGACCGAUCACGCUGGCGAGGUCGCGCCCGAGUACAUCCGGCUCUGGAAGAAUUCGCCCAAGCCGCCGAACAUGCCUUUCAACCUCACUCCCUACGCCAUCACCCUCAACGACCUGAAUGACGAGCUCAAGCCGUGGAUCCCGCCUACCGACUGCCGUCUCCGGCCUGACCAGCACGCUUUCGAGGCAGGCAAUUUCGAGCGCGCGAACGAACUCAAGACUGAGCUCGAAGAGUACCAGCGCGACACGCGGCGAAAGCGGGAACGAGGCGAGCUGCCGCCUCACAAGCCACGCUGGUUCUCGCGAUCGACAGACCAGGACACUGGCGAGCUUAUCUGGCAGCCGGCGCGGACGAGCGAGGGACAGCUCGAGUACUGGGAGGAGCGGCAGCGGGUCGGGCGGGCGAAGGUGGAGGGGCAGAAGGAGGAAUGGCGCGAAGUCGACCACAUCUUCCACGUCGAGGUCUGA